AAAGCCCACACGAUUUCCCAUCAAAGCCAGCCCUCUGUCACAUGGUGCACUGUUGUUUCUUUACCCAGGAUAGCGGACGGGACAAAUCAAACUGGACGCAGAGGAAAUAACACCGAGCUUCGCCUAAACAGAAAACCUUACGUGAGCAUCAUUUUCUUAGCCCUGGCGAAUGACUUUUGCCAAUUGUGUUGUUUUGUAGCGCUAUGAAAUAAAACUCCGCCAUAUUCAGCCCACCACGCCCGGAGCACAGCUACCAGGGAAGACUCGCUGUUUCACUCUUGUCUUCUUAAGUUGUUGCACAAACUUAAUGUCCUCUUUACAGGAGAGGAACAAGGUGACGUGUUAUCCAGGACUAAUGACUCUGAGCUCCGUUGGUGCUUGCUGCCUCAGCCCAGAGGCCAAAGAGGCUCGCAGGAUCAACGAUGAGAUUGAAAGGCAGCUCCGCCGGGACAAGAGGGACUCGCGACGGGAAUACAAGCUCCUUUUGCUCGGAACUGGUGAAAGUGGGAAGAGCACUUUUAUCAAGCAGAUGAGGAUCAUCCAUGGCCGUGGAUACUCUGACGAGGACAAGAGAGGCUUCACCAGGCUGGUCUACCAGAACAUCUUCACAGCCAUGCAGGCCAUGAUCCAGGCCAUGGACACAUUAAAGAUCCCCUACAAGUAUGAACACAACAAGGCGAACGCCAUUAUUGUCCGUGGGGUUGAGGUGGAGAAGGUCACAACAUUAAAAAACCCUUACGUGGAUGCCAUCAAGAGCCUGUGGAGUGACCCAGGGAUUCAGGAAUGUUACAAUCGUAAGAGGGAAUACCAGCUCUCAGACUCAGCCAAAUACUAUUUGAAUGACAUGGACCGAAUUUCAGAUACUGCUUAUCUGCCAACUCAGCAGGAUGUCCUGAGGGUCAGGGUGCCCACAACCGGUAUUAUAGAGUAUCCCUUUGACCUGGAGAAUGUGGUGUUCAGGAUGGUGGAUGUGGGUGGCCAGCGUUCAGAGAGGAGGAAGUGGAUUCACUGUUUUGAGGAAGUUACUUCCAUCAUGUUCCUGGUGGCGCUCAGCGAGUACGAUCAGGUCCUUGUUGAGUCCGUCAAUGAGAAUCGCAUGGAGGAAAGCAUGGCCUUGUUCCGGACAAUCAUAACAUACAAGUGGUUCAAAGAGUCUUCAGUCAUCUUGUUUCUCAACAAGAUAGAUUUACUGGAGGAGAAAAUUAUGCACUCACAUUUGGUUGACUACUUCCCUGAAUAUGAUGGUCCCCAGCAGGAUGUCAAAGCAGGAAAACAAUUCAUCUUAGAUAUGUUUGUCAGUCUCAAUCCAAACGAGAAAAAAAUCAUCUACUCCCACUUCACCUGUGCCACAGACACAGACAGCAUUCGAUUUGUCUUCAGCGCGGUGAAGGACCACAUCUUGCAUAUCAACCUGGAAGUCUACAACUUGGUUUAGAACGGUAGUGUUGCCGCUGUAAUUCAAUCGGCUUUGUACAGCUGGCAGUCUGAAGAGCUCUGCAGUGAUUCAGUUUGCCUCACACUGCUGCUGAACACUAUAAUCCACAACAGGAAAUUGAGAAGCUACAGAGCUUGUCGCCAAAUGACUGUACUACUGAUGUAUUUCAAAUUUCCCUGUUAGGCUCUUUGAAAAUGCAUGUCUCCAGCUAUAAUGAAGUGUGUCCUGACAAUUAAAAUGCUGCCUUAGUGAGGGGUCUAUUAUAGUAUGCACUCUGAAAUUUAUGGAGCUCUUUGUGAACAUUUUUGAGCAGUAACAGUAUAAAUGCACAUGGAUGGAUUGAGAGGGAAAAAAGUAUUUCAGUGGCCUCAAAAGCCUCCGAGGACUUGUAAUGUACUAGGUCUCUCCUUCAGGGAAUCUGUGGAAGUGAAUGUAGACUAACUGCAAUGCAGCACCUCACAUCACUAACCCAAGUUAGUCAUACUUUUUUUGAAAGUUAAAAACUUUUGUUUUUAAAUACUCUAAAUGCUUAUUUUGUGUCUUGACUUAAGGAGAAAUGGUGUAAUAAUUAACACUAAUGACACAUUUACUGUAUUACAUUGGUCUUUGUGCUGAUAUUCUGUUUGUGUGUACCUCACUUAGUUGGGUACUCUCAUUUCCACAACCUCAUUUUGUUUCAUAAGACUUUGUACACUUUCGCAUUUGUCUGUGAUGGCAUUAUUCAGUCUUAAACCACUUUUUGUAAGCACAGUAUUAAUAUAUUUGUAUGUAAUUUAACACACAAGUUUUUAUUUUGUCAAAGCUGUAGAAUCAAGUGUUCAUGCAGUUCAGGGACUAUUUGAUUGGAUUUAAGUAGUUUUCUUGCCUAAAAGUCUUUUGCUAAAAUGGCUUUAGAAUUUACCCCAUUAUUUAUCUGAAUGCAUAUUGUAAAUAUAACAUGGUACAAUAAUGGUACACAUUUUGCUUGCAUCAAGGUCAGUGUUGAAAGGCUAACUGCUAAAGGGAGAACUGUUACAAUAAUAAUAAUAAUCAAUCAAUGAUAAUCACUGAGGUAUUAAACUAGUGCAUCCUUUUUUCAUAUGCUGAUCAAGGGUAUCAAAUGCAUGAAUAAAAUGCUAAUGAGAGCGUUAUCUAGGCAGUAAUGUUUACACAACUCUUUCUUCUCAUUAGAAAUAAUUACGAACUAAUUUGAACAGUAAUUUAUGGUUAGAUUUCACUGUCACUGUGAUGUCUUUAUGCAGUUUUUGUUGGAUAAAUAAACAGACAUUUGCUGCUCAGU